AUGGCCGCUCCCGCAAUUGACACCCGCCCACCGCUCAUCACCGUCAUCGGCGCCACGGGCACCGGGAAGUCAAACCUUGCGGUAGAUCUAGCGCUGGCACUCAACGGCGAGAUCAUCAACGCCGACGCGAUGCAGAUGUACGCGGGGCUGCCCAUAAUCACAAACAAGAUCACGCCGGAGGAGGCGCGCGGGGUGCCACAUCAUCUGCUGGGCGUGCUGGAUGCGCGGGAUGCGUGGCAGGUCGGGAGGUUUGUUAGUGAGGCGGGGAGAAUUGGUCCCGAUACUGGUCGGCGGAACACAUUAUUAUAUCCAAUCCCUCCUGUACCCGACAACCCUCACAUCUACCUCUACCUCUACCUCUACAGGCUCGACCUCCACCUCCGCCUCCAUCUCCACCUCCACUCCAGAGACUCCCUCCACCCCCUCCACCCCUCCACCCCCUCCACCCCCUCCACCCCCGCCGCCCUCCCGCCCUUCAUCAGCGACCCCACCACCCCCACAUCCACCCUCCACGCCCACCUCACCACCAUCGACCCCACCAUCGCCUCCCACUGGCACCCCCACGACCGCCGCAAGAUCCUCCGCUCCCUCACAAUCUACUACACCACCGGCCAACCCCCCAGCAGCCUCUAUGCUUCCCAACCAACUCCCCACUCCCCCUACCGCGCCCUCCUCCUCUGGGUCCAUGCCUCCACCCCCGCCCUCCGCACCCGCCUCGAUAACCGAGUUGACGCUAUGCUGAGCCGCGGCAUGGCCGACGAGAUCGAGCAAAUGAAGGCCCUGUGGGACGAGGCUGGCGACGCCGUCGAUGCGACCGCCGGCAUAUGGCAGAGUAUCGGCUUUAAGGAGUUUCUGCCCUUCAUGCGGCGCCGGGCGGAGCUGGGCGUGGGCUAUGGGAUUGGUGCGGGGGAGGAGGAGACGCAGGGGUUGGAGCCGGCAGUGAGGGGGGAGCUGAAGGUGAUGUUGGACAGCGCGCUGGAGGCGAUGAAGACGGCGACGAGGCAGUAUGCGAAGGCGCAGGUGAGGUGGAUACGGCAGAAGCUGCUCCCGGCGCUGGGCGGGGGUGGGGAUGCGUUGUUCCUGCUGGACUCGACGUCGCCAGAGGAGUUUAUGGCGACGGUGUGUCCGACGGGGAUGGGGAUUGCGAGGGCGUUUUUGGCGGGGGAGGCGUUGCCGGAUCCGAGAGGGUUGGGGGCGCUGGCGGAGGAGGUGCUAGGGGCGGAGAGUAGAGGGAGGACGGGGUGGGCGGAGUCGAGGGAGUGUAGGGUGUGUGACACGGUGUGUGUGGGGGAGGAGCAAUGGAGGGUGCAUGUGAGGAGUAAUAGGCACAAGAAGGCGGUGGGAAGGCAGAAGAGGGGGAGUGAGGUGGAGGCGUGGAAGGCGUGGGAGGUGGAGAGGAGGAGGUGGAAGGAGGCCGGGUGUGUUGGGGAGGAGCCGGGGAGGCCGGGUGCGGAGGUGAGUGAGAGUGAGAGUGAGAGUGAGAGUGGGGAUGAGAGUGGGGAGGAUGAGGAUGUGCCAGUGGCUGCGGCUGUAGCUGUGGGGAGCGCCAAUUGA